AUGGAAAUGGAAUUGACCCAAUUGAGAAAGCAAGAAAGCAACAAUCUCGACACCAUUAAUGGCGGCUUCAUCUCCAUGGACCAAUUCGCCCCAAGUGCAUGGAACUUCGAUUACCUUUGUUUCGACAAUCCUCUCCAAGAAGACAACAACAUUGAUCAUCAUCACACUUCUUCUUAUUCUUCCUUGAUGGAUCUAAUCUCUCAACCACCUCCAUUGCUUCACCAACCACCACAACCGCCGCCUUCUCCUCCGCCGUUCUCCUCCGCUUUCCACUAUUCUUCUCUCGAGACGUUGCAAGAUGUCAUUGAUUCUUCUUAUUCUCCUCCAUUGAUCCUUCCAACUUCACAAGAGAACAGUUGUUCACCAUCAAUAUUGAUGGAGGAAACCAAGAGCUUCAUGAGCAUUAAUGGAAAGACUAACAAGAAGAAGAGUAACUACAAGAAGCUUGAAGGUCAGCCUUCAAAGAAUCUCAUGGCGGAGAGACGACGGAGGAAACGGUUAAAUGACAGACUCUCCAUGCUCCGAUCUAUUGUCCCCAAAAUCACCAAGGCAAAUUUCCAUAAACCCUCCUUACAUUUUGUUGUUUUCACUUAA